AUGCCUUUCCAACCGCCCAAACUUGAGAAAUGUGUCCGUUGUGGAAAGACAGUCUACGCCGUAGAGAGAGUUGAAGCUGGUGGUCAAAUUUGGCACAAACAGUGCUUCCGGUGCGGCACAUGCGACUUGGUCCUAAACCUUAACAGUUACAAACAGGCUGACCAACAACUUUAUUGCGGGAAACAUUAUCAGGAGUUAGUUUUGGCAAAGAACACUCAGACACCCGUGUAG